AUGAACUGUCUCGAUCCGGCUCCGGAUACCUAUCGAACCUUCACACACUCGUUACAGUUUAUUAGUAUUCCAACAUAUCUGCUAGUUUUGAUAUCAUUGAUUUUUAUAAAGUCGAAUGUUUUCACAACUUAUCGGAUCUUUUUGAUUUGGCACUUAUUGGAAAAUGUUUCCUUCGAAUUAUAUGCCGGCUGGAUUGUGGAACCAGUUCUUCAUGCUCCUUACACACUGAUGAGAACUUCUGGAAUAUUGUCAAAAGCAGGAGUUGGUGGACUGGUACAAACCUUGAUACUGUGCUUAGGGAUACAAUAUAACGCCGUUUCGAUAAGUGAAAUGUUUUGGUUCCGAUAUAAAGCCAGUAUCAUAAAUUACAAAGAGCGAGGCUACACCUAUUUCCUUCGAUUUCUAGUGAACGCUACAAGGUUCAUUGCUAUAUUUGAUGUUGUCUUCUGUACAGUAACCUUUGAUGAUGGAUUCCGAUUCCAACAAAAAUACAAAACAGAUCUUCUAAAACUCCACCCAUCUGACACAUUCCUCACAUGCGACUCUGUUUAUAUCAUGGUCCCUUUCGAAGAUUAUGUUUCCGCCGUAUUUGUAAUAUCUUGGAUUUUACAGUCUAUUGUACUGUUUCUUUUUGUCUUUGGAAUUUCCAUUUUCGUCAAAUUCAAUCUCCCAAAAAGUGGUUCAGAAGCUACUUGGAAACUUCAACAACAUCUAAUGAGAAGUCUCAUUAUUCAAGCAUCGAUUCAUGCAAUAAUGCUUGGAACACCCAACAUGAUGUUCGUUUACGCGUUUUUAUUUGGCUACAAAAAUGAGAGUAUAGCAUACGCUGCAUUUUUCUGUUUGACCACUCACGGAUUCGCUUCUAGCUUGGCUAUGAUUAUAUUCACGAAACCGUUAAGACAGUAUUUCCUGGUUUUGUUCAAGUUAAAGAAACCAGUUGCCAGCAAAACUUCGAUAAUUUCUGUGAAUAAGAGAGCAUCCGUUUUUUGA